GGAGGGGCGUCAGUGCGCGCGCUCAGCGCACCGUGUUUACAGACGGACAGCACACACCAUGUUCCGAAACUGGCUGCACCUACAGCUCAUUUACCGAAUAUUCUCCUCUGCUCACCCAAAUCUUCAACAGGUGUCCAUGUGACGUGUUGAGGAGAGAGCGGCCCUUGUAUAGCUACUGAGUCCUCUUCUUACCCACUCCCAGUGGGAUUUCUGUUGGUCUUUGUUGGUGCCCUGACGCCCUUUCCCGUCGCUCUCCCUUCUUGCUGCUCCCCUCCCCUUUCUUCAAGAGCCUUCUCUCCACCCCUGUGUCUCCAGCCCCGGGCUCAUUACUCUAACCCACUGGAUACUGUAGAUGAAGCACAGCGGCCUGCCAGUACUAGCCACACUAUAGCCCUGCCCAGAGGAGAGGAGAGAGUGGACAAGUUGCCGGAGAGACAAUUCUUUCACAAUGUCGGAUCCAGAGGAUAAUUAAAUUUCACAACAUGACUUAGCGAGGGGAUCCUCUAAGAUUUUGGACCAACUUUGUACUGUUCUGUGGAGUGAGAUCUCUUUUACGUCUACUAUGGCUCUAUAACGUAUGAUAGUGAUGCCAGCCAAGGGAAAGUACCUGUUGAAUGACCAGGAACUCAAAAAUGAGGCGCUGUACCGAAAAUUCUCCUGCAUCAGCCAGUAUCAGCCUCUGGUGCUGCUGCUGGGCCUCUCUAUGCUCUCCUGUGCAAGCCUCCUCAUUCUCUUCUUCGCCCUAGGCCUGAGUGCAGAGGAACACUGUGCCUUUGUCAGUGUGGUGAGCUCCAGCUUGUGUGUGUUUCUGGCUGUCUUCGUGUUCGUGUGUACGGACGUGCUGUCGCAGAGAUGGAGGCGGCUCCUGGGACUCGUCAUCUGGGCCACACACCUGUCCAUGGGCUUCACCUUCAUUUUCAGUGGACCUAUCUUUCUGCCUUGGGAUCAGGUGCCUUUCUUUCUCUUCAUCAUCUUCACUAUGUACACAAUGCUGCCAUUCCAGCUGUGGCAUGCGGUACUCCUUAGCAUUGCCUCCUCUGUAUCCCACAUCUUAGUUGUUACUCUUCGACUCACAGUUUAUGGCAAUGAAGCCCCACCCUAUCUUCCCAACCAGCUGGUGUCAAAUGCCGUAGUGUUUCUGUGUGGCAGUAUAGUGGGAGCCUUUCAUAAGGUCUUGAUGGAGAAAACACUACGGCAAACAUUUCAGGACACACUGAGAAGUCUGAGUAUGCGCAUGAAGCUGGAGAUAGAGAAGAGGCAACAGGAAAACCUAUUGCAGUCUGUUCUGCCUGUCUACAUCUCCAUGAAGAUGAAGCUGGCAAUUAUGGAGCGCUUACAAGACUGUAAAGAUAAGGAGGAGCAACAGCGGCUGGUCAAAGAUAACAACUUCCAUAGCCUCUAUGUGAAAAGACAUGAGAAUGUGAGCAUUCUUUAUGCGGACAUUGUUGGCUUCACCCAACUGGCCAGUGACUGCUCUCCCAAGGAACUUGUCCUCAUGCUUAAUGAGCUGUUUGGAAAGUUUGACCAAAUUGCAAAGGAAAAUGAGUGCAUGCGAAUCAAGAUCCUUGGAGACUGUUAUUACUGUGUGUCAGGGCUGCCAGUCUCUCUGCCUAAGCAUGCAAAAAACUGUGUCAAAAUGGGCCUUGACAUGUGUGAGGCAAUCAAACAGGUGCGGGAGGCCACAGUUGUGGAAAUCAACAUGAGAGUGGGAGUUCACUCAGGAAAUGUGCUCUGCGGUGUUAUCGGCCUUCGUAAGUGGCAGUUUGAUGUGUGGUCUCAUGAUGUUACUCUGGCCAAUCACAUGGAGUCUGGAGGUGUACCAGGGCGUGUUCACAUAACAGAGGCCACUCUGAAACACCUAAACAAGGCAUAUGAGGUGGAGGAAGGCAAUGGCCAUCUGAGGGACCCCUACCUCAAGGAGCUCAAUGUCCGCACCUACCUAGUGAUUGAUCCACGAUCUAAGGACUCAUCGACACGCAGUGCACCUCGGGUGAAUGUCGGCAUAAAAAUGCGUGCAUCUGUGCGCAUGACACGUUAUCUGGAAUCAUGGGGAGCAGUGAAACCAUUUGCCCACCUUCAGAACCGAGAGGGUUUCAUCUCUGACAACAAUGUGAAUGGAAAACCCCACAAGGACAUCCCACUUCGAUCGACUGUGGGUUCUGCACUCACUGAUAGUUUUGAUGAGUCUCUUGAAGAGCCAUUCACAUUGUCUCCUCCUCCGUUCAGCAGCUAUAAGAUCAAAUCCCAAAAGAGCAAAUUUGAUGAGGAACUCCACAAUGAAAUGACAACCACAAUAGAUGAGCUCAGCAGCAAGCAGUGGUCCAAGUCAGAAGAUACUGGCAGUUUAGCACUUUGGUUCCCCAAAAAAGACUUGGAGAAACAGUAUCGAGCCCUAGAUUUGCCGAUGUUUAAGCAUUAUGUUGGCUGUGCCACUUUCAUCUUCAUAUGUAUCUUUUUGAUCCAGAUACUGGUGACAAAAAAUCAACAGAAGCUGGGCAUUACAUUUGGAGUGUUGUUUUUGGUUCUACUGCUCGCCAUGGCCAUUUGUUUUGCAGGAAACCUUCAGCACCUGUUCUCAGAGAAGUUGAUACACUGUCAGUUACUUCCAGCUGUGUCAGAGGCAGUGGUUAAGCAGCCCUGUGUGCGACUCCCUUUGGCCACAACUACUACUGCAGUCAUCAUUAUCAUGGCUGUGUUCAACCUGUGCUUUGCCCAGACAUGUGUGAGCAGUAACAGUGACAUUCAUGACAUGACUCACACCAAUGAGUCCCAACAGCAGGAUUUAAAAGACCUUUACUACCUCCCUUACUCAGUUCUCUGCUGCAUACUGUCUUUGGUCGCAUGUGGGGUAUUUCUGAGAGUGAGCUUUGAGCUCAAAGUGCUUUUCUUGACCCUGGCUUCCAUAAUUUACUAUGUCCUCAUACUCACAUCAAACCAGAAGCUCUUUGAGCUUUAUGGAAAUGCUUUGUUUAAUCAAGUUUCAGGAAACUGGAACUGCAGCAGUCAAGAAGAGGAGUCUAUUCUGAGAUGUUUAGGGCUUGUGAAGCACCCAAAGGUGAUGAGUUGCAUUUACAUCACCUUAUUCCUGGUGACAAUGCUCAUCAUUUCACAACAGAACGAGGCAUGCUUUCGUCAGGACUUCUUGCUGAAGUACAAGAACCGCACUGAGCAGGAUGAGAUUGAGACAAGAGAAAACCUGAACCGUCUUCUCCUGGAGAACGUGCUUCCUGCACAUGUGGCCUCACUGUUUGUUGGUGAAAACAAAAAGAAUGAGGACUUGUACUACAAGUCUUACGACUGUGUAUGUGUGAUGUUCGCCUCAGUGCCAGAUUUUAAAGAAUUCUACACCGAAUGUGACAUCAACAAAGAAGGCCUGGAGUGUCUAAGACUGCUCAAUGAGAUCAUUGCCGACUUUGAUGAGCUACUGUCAAAGCCAAAGUUCAGUGGCCUUGAAAAAAUCAAAACCAUCGGAAGCACAUACAUGGCAGCAGCAGGUCUCAGUGGCACACCUGGCCAGGAGAACAAUCAGGACCCAGACAGACAAAAUGCCCAGAUAGGAAUCAUGGUGGAGUUUGCCAUUGCUCUAAUUGGCAAAUUAGAUGGCAUAAACAGACAUUCCUUCAACAACUUCAGAUUGCGUGUGGGCAUAAAUCAUGGUCCAGUCAUAGCUGGGGUGAUUGGAGCAAGAAAACCUCAGUAUGAUAUUUGGGGCAAUACAGUAAAUGUAGCCAGUAGAAUGGAGAGUACUGGGGAGCUUGGAAAAAUACAGGUUACAGAAGAAACAUCAUCUGUGCUCGAUAAAUUGGGCUACUCAUGUGAAUGUCGAGGAUUCAUCAAUGUUAAAGGCAAGGGGGAGUUAAAGACCUUUUUUGUUUGUACGGACAUGAGCAAGCAACAGGGCAUGGGUCUGAGCUGAGGCCAAUGGAAAGACAGAAGGACUCAUGUACUGAAGUCAACAGUUUACACGCCACAAAGCGCCACCAACGGAUACCAUGAAGUCUUUGGAAUUACUCAAGUUGUAUGAUUUCUAAUUCAACACUUUUAUGUCCUGUGAACAGCUACUUUUGGGAACCUUUAAUGUUUAUGUAAAUGUAAUAGAAAAACUAAUGUUAAAUCUAUUUUGAAGACCUAAGGUACUUUGAAAAAACUAAGGAUCCGGUUUGGGUCAUACAUCGAAAGACACACUUUGCAAAAUGCUGUUACUGUGUAACAAGCAACGCAUAUGUGAAAAAGAUUGGCAGUGCCAUAAUGUGCUUUCAUACAGUUCAUAUUAAGGUUAUGAAUUAAUUCAGCAAGAUUCCAAUUAUUUGGAUUCCUAAUGCAUUUUACCUGCUGGUUCUGCUUUAACAUUCAAGGCUGCGUAUAUUAUGAGCACAACAUAAGAGAUUGUCUGUGCAGCUUGGCUGGAUUAAAGACGAUUUAAAAAUUCAGUGAAAAGAUGUGCUGCGUUAACAGGAGGACACAUACCCAUCCAUGUGCUGCAUGAGUACCAUCUGCUCGCUCUCGCUGUGCCCAGAUAAAGAAUCUCUGUUAAAUGUGACUCUUUUGGUCCUGUCCAUGGCUUUGCUGUGAAGGCUUUUGGUUACUUAUCAUUUCCUAAAUGUUUAUCUUUGUGUGCCUUAUCUAUUAUAUCAUCUCAUUUGGAAAAUGUGGUUAGCCUUUUUGUGACCAAAUGCAAGCUUGAAUUUUGUACAGAAUGUAAUAAAUGUCAAGUCAGUCUAAACACUGAUCUUU